CAGCUCGAGUGUGUACUAGUGGUUAAGUUUUGUGUGCGAGCGCAUGUUGUGCAGCUUCCUUCGGGCUUACUUGGAUUUAUUUUCUGACGCUGUGAAAUGCUGACAAGCUGGCAACAUGAAUGUGGCAGUAUAGUUCAUACGGACACACGGUUCGGUACUUGCCCCGCUGCAUUCAAUGCAACCGACUGCCAGGGGGAGCCCCCGGGUUCCCAGUCCUGGCUCGUUGCGUCCCUACACACCUCCGGAUCUCUCUUCCAUACCUCAUAUGGACGGUACACCCUCGCAAGGCAGCGGUGUUCGUAGCAAUUCCUCAUCGGCGAGCGGUCGCAGGAAGGACGGUACGCAAGAGCAACAGACUACCACCACCGGGCCCUACAUCAUCGGCAGUCCCAUCGAUCUCGGGAGUAUCGACAAUGUCGAUAACAUCGGCCUUCGUAUAGAGGCUCUGCCGCGCGGACGACGAAGGACACGCGAGCACAUCGAGCUGCAGGAGGCUGCAACCGGCAGGUCGAGUUCCGAAGUCGGUCCAAUAAUGGUUUUUAUUAAUGCCCCGCAUCAGCCCGCGAAAUAUAAAAAUAAUCGCAUUAGCACUGCGAAGUACUCACUUCUUUCAUUCGUACCUAUGUUCCUUUUUGAACAAUUUCGUCGGUACAGUAAUUGUUUCUUCCUCUUCAUCGCCCUUAUGCAGCAAAUACCAGAUGUAUCACCAACAGGACGAUACACAACUUUAGUUCCAUUAAUUUUUAUUCUUAGUGUAUCUGCAUUGAAAGAGAUAGUUGAGGAUAUUAAAAGGCACAGAGCAGAUGAUGAAAUAAAUAUGCGUGAGGUAGAGGUUUUGAGGUAUGGACGAUGGCAAUGGAUCCAGUGGAGGCGUGUUGCUGUUGGCGAUGUUGUUAAGGUUCGCAACAAUAAUUUCUUCCCUGCUGACUUGAUUUUAUUGUCAUCAUCUGAGCCGCAGGGUAUAUCUUUCAUAGAGACUGCCAAUUUGGAUGGAGAAACAAAUUUGAAGAUCCGACAAGCUCAUCCUGACACUGCCAGUCUCUUAGACACCACAGAAUUAACAAACUUUCAUGCAAAUAUUCAGUGUGAACCACCAAACAGACAUCUAUAUGAAUUUCAUGGAAUGUUACGAGAAACUAACAAACAAAGUGUAGCUUUGGGACCUGAUCAAGUAUUGCUUCGUGGUGCAAUGUUAAGAAAUACCCGUUGGGUGUUUGGAGUAGUAAUCUACACUGGGCAUGAUACAAAACUUAUGCAAAAUAAUACUACAACUGCACCACUGAAACGGUCCACCUUAGAUCGAAUGACGAAUACACAAAUACUCAUGCUGUUCUUUAUACUUCUUUUGCUGUGCCUUCUAUCUGCAAUAUUUAAUGUUCUCUGGACAAGGUCAAGUGAAGGGUUAUGGUAUUUAGGUUUAAAAGAGGAAAUGACAAAAAAGUUUGUAAAAAAUUUUAUUUUUAAUCUUCUAACGUUCAUUAUUUUGUUCAACAACUUAAUACCAAUUUCAUUGCAAGUCACCUUAGAAGUUGUAAGAUUCGUACAAGCUACUUUUAUUAACAUGGACAUUGAGAUGUAUCAUGCUGAAACAGACACUCCUGCAAUGGCUCGUACAAGUAAUCUUAAUGAAGAACUUGGUAUGGUUAAUUAUGUUUUCACCGACAAAACCGGUACACUUACGAAAAAUGUAAUGGAAUUUAAAAGAUGUUCAAUUGGUGGCAAGUUGUACGAUUUGCCCAUUCCUUCAAACGGUGAUGAAGGUGGUAGUAAUAUUAAUAGCGAAUUAAUUAAAGAUAUUACUGAAGGAAGAUCAGUACAAGAUUCUUCUCGUCCUGCCGAUAAGAAAGUUUCGAACCAUGCGAAAGUAGCGCAUGAAUUUAUGAUUAUGCUUUCAGUGUGUCAUACUGUUAUACCUGAAAAGAUAGACGACACUAUAAUUUACCAUGCUGCGUCUCCAGAUGAAAGAGCAUUGGUAGACGGAGCACGUAAAUUUAAUUAUGUGUGCGAUACUAGAACGCCAACGUACGUGGAAGUAAUAGCUUUAGGCGAAAGACUUCGAUACGAGAUAUUACAUGUAAUAGAAUUCACAUCAGCCAGGAAGAGAAUGUCGGUGAUUGUAAAGACACCCGAAGGAAAAAUCAAACUUCUUUGCAAGGGAGCUGAUUCUGUUAUUUAUGAAAGACUAUGUCCAGCACCUGUAGAAAAUAGUGACCCGGAUCAGGUCAGUUUAGAUGACUUUCGAGAUGUAACAUUGGAGCAGUUGGAAAUGUUUGCAACCGAAGGAUUAAGAACACUUUGUUUUGCUGUUGCUGAUGUACCCGAUAAUUUUUACCAAUGGUGGCGUGAGACCUACCAUAAUGCAACAAUUAGUCUAGGUAAUCGCGAGAACAUGAUUGAAAAUGCUGCAAAUCUUAUUGAGACAAAGUUAAGAUUGUUAGGAGCUACUGCUAUUGAAGAUCAGUUGCAGGAUCAGGUACCAGAAACAAUACAAGCUCUUUUACAAGCUGAUAUUAAUGUAUGGGUGUUAACUGGAGACAAGCAGGAGACUGCUAUUAACAUCGGCUACUCCUGUAGAUUGAUUACACAAGGAAUGCCAUUGUACAUUAUUAAUGAACAGUCUUUAGAUAAAACAAGGGAUGUCAUAAUCCAACGCUGUCUUGAUUUUGGAAUUGAUUUAAAAUGUCAAAAUGAUGUAGCUCUUAUUAUAGAUGGAAACACUUUAGAAUAUGCAUUAUCCUGUGAUAUUAGAAUGGAUUUCCUGGAUUUAUGUUCGUCUUGCAAAGUUGUUAUUUGUUGUAGAGUUUCGCCGAUGCAGAAAGCUGAGGUGGUUGAUUUAAUAACAAGCAACAAGAAAGUCGUAACUCUUGCAAUUGGAGAUGGGGCAAAUGACGUAGCCAUGAUUCAGAAAGCCCAUAUCGGUGUUGGAAUUUCUGGCGUUGAAGGUCUUCAAGCAGCCUGUGCUUCUGACUAUUCUAUUGCACAGUUUCGCUUUCUGAAACGUCUGUUGUUUGUCCACGGUUCUUGGAACUACAGUAGAAUGUGUAAAUUGAUAUUGUAUUCAUUUUACAAAAAUAUUUGUCUAUACGUUAUCGAACUGUGGUUCGCUAUUUGUUCCGGCUGGUCCGGUCAAAUCCUUUUUGAGAGAUGGUCUAUUGGUCUUUAUAAUGUUGUAUUUACAGCAGCGCCUCCACUAGCUAUGGGACUUUUUGACAAAGUAUGUUCCGCAGAAACGCAUUUAGCUCACCCAGGAUUGUACGCAACUAAAAAUUCUGGAUUAUCGUCAUUCAAUAUUAAGGUAUUUUGGGUAUGGAUCGCAAACGCUUUAAUACAUUCAUCUCUGCUUUAUUGGUUAUCUCUGAUGGUUCUAAAGGAGGGUGUUGUAUGGUCAAACGGUAGAGAUGGUGGAUACAUUGUUCUAGGAAACUUCGUUUACACUUAUGUCGUAGUGACAGUUUGCGCGAAAGCAGGAUUAAUAAUUAACUCUUGGACAUGGGUCACUCAUUUAGCAACCUGGGGAUCUAUUUUACUUUGGUUUUUAUUCAUUUUUAUAUAUAGUAACUUUUGGCCUGUAUUAAAUGUGGGUGCCGUAAUGCUGGGCAAUGAUAGGAUGUUGUUUUCUUCACCUGUAUUUUGGUUGGGUUUGGUACUUAUACCAUUGGCAGUAUUGCUUCUGGAUGUCACUGUCAGAGCAGUGAAAAAUACAGUAUGGAAGUCAGUUACUGCAGCAGCUAGGGAAAAUGAAAUUAGGAAAUCGGAUCCUGGGGACAUAUUCAACAGCCACGACUAUAGAAGCUCAUUGACGGAGACGGCGCGGCUACUGAAAAACGUUAAAAGUGUUUUCUCCAGGCGAUCGAACGCCGCAUCCAGUGUUAAUGUCGAGGUGGAGCUAUCACACGGAUUUGCAUUCUCUCAAGAGGAAGGAGGCUCGGUGACGCAAACGGACGUGAUCAGAGCGUACGACACAAAUCUUCCGAAACCCGGCGGCAUGUGAUCUUAACGAUUAACCAUAUAGAGCUACGACUAUGUAUACUAUAUAAAGUAUAAAACAGGUACCUUUUCUCAAGCCAAUCAAAAAACAUACACACAAUCAGAACAACAGACGUACACACAUACACACACGCGCGCGCGCGCGCACACACACACACAUACACACACGCACAAAGGAGAGAAAACGAAGAAAAGGAAAAAUGAGCAGUUUGGGAAAGUCGGUAUACUCGCCGAGCCCUACGUAACGCCUGUCUUACGUUUCACGACUGACUCGAAGUUUUUCGCUCGUUCUCUUCUAGAUGGGAGCUUCAUGGUUCUCGAUCGACGGCGGGCCUCAGAACAAAUAGUAUUAGCAAGACUAUCAAAAAAAGAAAGAAAAAAAAAACAAAAAAAAACGACGAUCCAUUCGUUUUUAAGAAUUAUUAUAAAACACACAAGAAAGGAAAACACUAUCCUAGAUACUUCUUUUUGAUACUCUACGAGAAUUUAUUGUAUUUAUCGUACACUACGGACCUCGUCUCCCGAGACCUCGUUAGAUAUACUCUACUAAUCGUGACAAUUGUCGUUGCUGUUCGUGCAUUUCGAUCCGGUGCAUUUCUCAGCGCAUUUUUAUGUUUACCUCUGAAAUUUAGGAAACUUCUUUCCUUUUCAUUCUCUCGGUUUUUCAUGUUCGUAGCGCAACGGGAACCGCACGUUUAUCGAACGAGCCGUAAUAAAAAACCGUGAUGAUUGCGUACAGUAAUUAUUUUCAUAUUACCGCGUUAAGGGUUCAUUUAUACAGGCUGUUCAUCGUAGGAGCAUCUAUAAUUAUUGAACCGGUUAGAAUAAUUUGACAAGAAAAAUACAAUGUAUGCAUAGUUUUGAUUAUUUUUUAGCCGCCAAUAAAUCACAACAUUUAAUAUUCCCAAGACACUUUUUUUAAACAAUUCCAUAUCAUUUAUUCUUUCUAUUGUUGCAGAAGCGAUGAUCGGAU